AAGAAAUGUGACUCAGUUGAGUUCACUGAUAAAUAAUCCGUUCUCGAGAGAAGCAAGUUCUUCACUUAAAAAGAAACGUUAUGUCGGAAGAAAAAAUUCAAACGAAGAAAAAUUUGAUAUUCCUGGAUAAUUUUCGUUGAAAUGGGGACUAAUGCUUCAAAUUUACGCAACACGGAAGAAUUUUCGCUCUCCAAUCGUGCAGCUGUGCCGCGUCUGUCGGGCAGAUCACAUCGUUCUUUGCCGACUGAAAAUCGCCAUGAUCACCUUUUCGACGUUGUCAUUCAACUAAAACACGAAGACAAGGACAUUUAUUCCUGUUUCUUUCCAAGCGACGACGAUAGCGUUCUUUUGACGGCCUCUAAAGUAGAACAAACUACUUUCCUGCGCCACAAUCGGGAAUUUUCGUCGAUAAGAUUGUGGGACCUGAAUCGAAGGCAAAUCAACACUGGCUUUUUGGCAGAUUUUCCGCGCUCUUUUAGAUCCUGUGAUUUUUCUCCUGAUGGGCAACUGGUCGUUUGCAUUUUUAGCGAAGACUCGCUAGCUUUAGUUAGAAUGAGAUCGUGGAAGACUACCAGCGCGGAGGUUGUGCACAUGCGAAGAUUUUGGCGAAAGAGAAGAGGAGUAUUAAUGUGCUGUUCGUUCUCGCCGGAUGGUCGCUCUCUUGUCGUGGCAUCUAAAUUAGCAGGAGAUUUAAAUCAUAUCUGUAUAAUCGAUAUUGCUACUAAGAAGAUGGUGAGAAAAAUGAAAUCGGCAAAAAAUUCCAGCUCGAAAAUUCGUGGACACGCGAGGUCGUGUGUAUUUUCGCCUGAUGGCUUGUUCUUAGCGGUCUCUUGUACUUCUGGACAGCUAAUUGUGUUCGACACUCAGGAUUUUCAUAUCCAUAGUAGUCUUGACUUGGACUCGUCGACGUCGGCCACGUGCUUGUGCCUUCCAUUCCGUCACACAAGUCGCCGAUCACUCAGUUCUCACUUGCAAUGUUGGUAUUUAUUUGAUCCUCGGUACGGUCACAAGUACUUAACGUCAUGUCUAGAAGAUGGCACCAUACAGACAUGGUCGCUUGCUGCGGAUGAACCUGGCCUUACUUGCAUUCAGUUUGCUUAUGCAUUGCAAACUCCAUGGCAGAAGAUAAGAUCUGCUGCCUUCUCCCCUGAUGGAACAAUGCUUGCGGUCGGUACCUCCGAUUCAAAAGUGUUAGCCCUGAAUUCAGAGAGCUUACAUGUUUUAUUUGUCCUCAAUGCACAUCUUCAACCAGAUGGUUUAAGAACAUGGUAUCAGAACACAGAAGUGUCCUGCCUGGCGUUUACAAGAACCUGCCAACAGAUUGCCGCUGGUUACAAAGAUGGACGAAUCAGGGUUUGGCAGUUGCCUUUGAUUUUGAAUCUUCAACACAUGUGUAGAUUGGUCGUUAUUAAUCAUGUUCCCGCGCGGGAGAUUCCCCAGUUACCCCUCCCAGCCCAUUUGAUCAGGUAUCUUUUAUUCUCUCCCCUGAAGCAAUUCUAAUUCCUCGUCCAAGGGCUGCUUGUAAAUUACAGUAAAGGGCAUCAUUUAAGAUUAAGUGACCUGCGGUGGGUUAAAUUUUCUACGCAUUUUACUCCAUCUGGAUGAAGCAUAAUUUUUUCCAUCUGGUGAUAGUACAGUAAAACUAGUAUUAAAUGGAUCCAGAAAGUAUCCACACCUCUCCUAUGGUGGGAUUUUUGGUUUGAAACCCCUACCCCAUGCCUCUGGAAAUUCCAGUUUUGGUUCAUACUUUCUGUUAACAAUUUUGGCCCUCAAGACUACUCCUCUACCCCUUGGAUUUUCCAAUAACCCUCCGUGGGGUGGGUGUGGAUAUUUUCUGGAACCACACAUUAAGUGGACAUCGACAUUGAGCUUAGCAAGUCCCAAACCUCUCUUCCAAUAUUUUCUUUAAAACAAACCCAAAUUAAGUAGGCAUCUCUAUGUCUGCUUAAUACUGGUUUCACAGUAUUAUUAUCCACAGGGUCCGUCAAUCUUGAUGCAUUUUAAAGAAAUUCAAAUUUUAGUUAAAUCCAAAGAAAUCUUCAUUUGCUCAAAUUUUCUCCAGGAACUGUGAGUUAUCUUAUCUGUCAUCUGGUGUGAAGUCUGGGUUCUUCAGCAUCUCCUUGAUAGUCAACAACAAUUAUGCACCAGUCCAACUGAGACCUAAGGAUCCCAUGUAAAGGGUUGAACAAUUUAUCCAUCUGAGAUGAAUUAACCAUUUGAGAUGAAUCAUUUGUCUGCCUUAGAUGGAAAAAUCAUCAAGGUAUAAAUCUGGUGUUUAUAUGAAUAUUUAUGCGACAAAAAUUAGUCCUCAGCUGAUUCUUCUUUGAGCAUGUCGACAGAAGAAUCCAUUGAAGACAAAUUUUGUUUUCUGUCUCAGAAGGACAAAUCAUCUCGGAUGGAUAAAAUAAUCAUCUAAUAAAAAAUGUGGCAUUGGAUAAUUCAUCCCUAGUAUAAAUUCGGCCAAUGUACACUUUUUUCACUUGGGAAGGAAACGCAAAGCAUAUGCAUGCAAGCUGCCCAGUAUAAUGUCAGAGCCUGGAAAAAAUUUGCUACGUUUGAGGUUUUUUACCCCAAGGUGGGGUAUUCUGAUUGUCACCAGGGGAACGUGGGGUUGGGAUUUACUUUGGCAGGUGCAUUAUUGUUGUUUUUGUUGCUUUAUUCUUGUCAGUAAGUAGUUUGGAGCUAAUGGGAAUCAUUGUUAGCUAAACAUCUGGUGUGUAAGGCCCGAGAACACAGCUUUAUUUCUACAGUUAUGCCUUCUGUCCACAUUAACCCGGCAUGAAAACAGAGCUUUUCGAAAACACUCUUCCAACCAGAGGAAUUUCAAAGUUCCGGCAUUGUGUUUUAGUGUGGAUGGGAAGCGUUUUGAAAACAGAGCUUUUCAAAAACAAUGAGGUCAUGAUAGUAAUGUGAUUUCCCUGCCCAAGUUUGGUAAAUGAUAAUUGCUGCAUUUUCAUAUUUCUUUGGCGUAGCGUGGACGGAAACGUAAAUUUUCAGAGUGAAAACAUCAUUUUCAAGUUUCUCUGGCGUAGUGAGGAUGGGGCCUAUUAAGGCCGCAACAGCUGGUUCAAUGAUAUAAGCCAUUCCACUGUUGUUUUGCAAAGUGUAGGGACAACUACAGAAGUAUUCAUUGUAAUUUUAAGCAUAACUAUCUACCUUUGUAUGAGGUUAUACUUCGUCAAGGUGUACAAAAGGUUGUAUUUUUGAGAAGAUAUAUUUAUCAAUUUGUAAUAUUUAAAACAAUAGUACUUAACAAUAGUAUUUGCAAGGAGAAUGUUAUUUGUAAUAUAUUAGUAAGGAAAUGUUGUUUGAACAUGUUCAUCAGUGCAUUGUUGUGUUACAAUAUUAUUCAUAUCAUGCAGGAAUUUUAAGAACCUGAGAGAAGCACUUUACCUCGUGCUCCUCACACUUUUCAUGUGUUCUUAAGAAUUCAGAAAUGGUUAUGUGUUAUGCAACCAUGUACAAGGAACAAAUGUACUAUUUUCUUUUGUAAAGUGUUCAAUGUGUGUGUGCUCAAACUUGUCAUGCAAUUUGUCACACAUGUCACAUAUGUGGUAACUCAAUAGAUCAUGUGUGACACUUGGUACAUGCUUUGUGGCUCUAUAGUGAAAUUAAAGGGGUGUGCAGAAUAAGGCCCUGACUGGCUGUUGAAGUAAUGUCAAACUCUCCUUAUGUUUCACAAGGGAAUACAAUGAAUGUUGUUGGGGUAGAAUCAAGCAAUUUAUCAUAGAUCACUUAGGACUUUAUUUCCUGGCACCCCUUAAAAGAGCACACAAUUUGUUGAACAUUUUGUAAUAAAGGUUAAUGUCUCUAUGUUAAGUUCUUGUAUCAUAAUGUAAAAGCUGUACUAGAUAAUAAGUUGUUGUUGUUAAUAUUUAACAUGAUUUCAAACAGCUCAUCAAUGUACCUUCAUCACAGUAAAAGCUUGGUUCUCAUAUCCCACCAACCUGCCUGUGACAAAGUCGCUAGUUGCAACUGACAACGUUCUGCAAUCUGUUCCAGUGGGUCCCCAGCGCAUCUGCGACAGAUCGCAGACAUACUCAAAUUAGCACGAAAUGCAAAUUAAAUUGGCACAAUUUUCAACCAUUCCGUCUGUAAAUAUGGAUCAAAUCAUCUUACUGGAGUGCCAGUAAGCCAGACUUUCUUUUCAAGCUCUUUAUUUACUUGGAGAAGUUUGUUCUGAUGUUGUUGUAUCUUUGUUGAGCAGAAGCAACAUCAAUUCUCAGUGUAUUAGCAACUGCUUGCCAAGCAUUUUUCUUUACUCUUUGGUCUUUAUACUCAUGACAGGACUUGUCAUAUAUAACUAGGUACUUUCUUAUUUCAUCCAUUAACAUACAGUUGCUUGCGACAUCCUCACAUGUGACUUCAUCCACCAUUUUGAAAGUAAGGAAUCGUGGGAAAAAUUGAGUUGUUACAUCAUACAUUGCGUCAGCAGAUGAUGUUCACAUAAAAUAUUUUCAUCGCUGACAACAGCUGGCUUUCCUGCAAAGUUGAACCCAGCUCAAUUUCACAGGCAAGCCAGCAGUCAAUGCCUGGGACAGAUUAUGAUUCGACGAUAAAUUUUCACAUAUGCCGUAACAGGUAUGUUGGCAGCAUAUGAGAACCAGGCUUAACCCAACAAAAGUGCCUUUCCAGUGUAGAAUAGUAUUUGACAAAUUGGCACAACCCCAUUCAUUAGUGAUGGCAAUGUUGACAAUGCUGUGGACGGAAAUUAAAUUUGAAUGAUUUCCCUCUUGAUUGGCAGUUUGAGUUUGAGAAUAUAGCGCAUAGUGCAAAAGCCCUUGUUAUAUCAAUAACUUCUUCUGAUCCCUCUUACCAUUGUGUUGUUAAUCAUUUUAAGCAUUAAUUUAUAUAUGCUAUUCUGUACAACCCUUGAAAUCCUCAUCAAUCUACUGGUGUUUCUUUAGUUACUUUAUUGCAAGAUCUGUACUGUAAGUUGUGGACAAAGAUAUUUUUCCUCCCUUUUAUGACUGAAUAGAGGAGCAGAGCAAAAAAUAAUUAUAGCAUCCAAAAAAUAAAUAAGUUAAGUAUUGCAUGAAAAAAAAAUGAAGAUAACAGCUUUAAAAUAGUUAUGUCUAGUAAUAUAUCUUGAUCAAUCACGAGUGAUGUAACAAUAUUUUAAAUAAUUAUUUUCUACUCAUGAAGCUAUACUUGAUAAUCACAAGUAAUUGCAAGUGUUUGGUGAAAAAGAAAAAACAGUGUUUAUACUGUACAUAUUACCAAGGAGAUAUUUAUUUAGUUCCAGUACAAUGGUAAUACUUACCAAAAAAAUCUGCUGCAAAACUUGUUGAAUGAAUAUUAAUAAAAUGAAGAAUUUUGUGAGA